AUGACCUCUUCGGAGUUUCCAACGAGAUUAGCUGACUUGUCCUUAAACGACUCGAGCCAUAACCCUUCCUUGUAUGCCAAUCUUAAGUCGAUUCGCAAAUCGACCCUGUCAAUUCCGAACCGUCUCAGCUCCAUCGUCAAAGAUGCUGAAUUCGUCAAAGAGGUAUCCCGCCAUCGGUGUUUACCGCUCGUAGCAAAUGAGCGCUGCGGCAGCUGGUACAUCGACCCAGCUGAUAAAGCCGGCAGCGCGUAUUUCAAGAGCACCGACGGCCAUCAUGGACAGUGGGACUUCUCGCCUCGGAGGCUUAACCUUCAGCUGCUCCCGAUUCUGUCUGCUUAUGGUGGUGCCGUCCUGGUUGAUUCUACCCGCCGAGGCAAGAAUCUGCCAGACGCUUUCAGCAAGACAGUACCGAUAUGGGUUGCUGUUAUCAAUAGAGCUCUCUUUCCUGAAGACACCUCGAUGCACCAUUUUCAGAGUCCGCCAUCACCUGACAACAUUCAUUCCUCGGAGCUCUCACAGAUUGAAGCCCGCCUUGAAGGGUUUACGAAGACUUUCUGCCACCUCGGUUUAGACCUGCAGAGCCUGCGCAGUCAGCUGGGCAGUCCGAUCAGGGUCAGCUGGGCCAUCCACAGACAAUCCGACGACGGAUACGACCUCGGAGAUGAGAGUGGCGUAACGGGUUCUUCUCGAGACAUCUAUCCAUCCUGUCACCAUCUAGUGCUCUGCUCUGCUUCGCGGCGGGUUCGUGGGGCUGAGAUGUCGGAAGGCGGAUACAUUCAAGGCGCUGGGGACGACAGUGAAGGUUGGUCUCAUAACCUGACUGCUCAGCUCUUCUGGCAACAUAAAGACCUGUUGAUGAGGAGUCCCGAGGAUGACCUCCCAGCUCUUAUCGAGACACUUCUGGCACAAGAAAGAAACAACCGACUGUCAAACACGGCAGCGACUAGGAUCAUCCCCACGACGAGUAUGUUUAUCGCAAUCGGGCCGAUGGAGAGCUCUGACAGAUUCGACCUCAUCAUCAAUUGUCAAGGUGAUUCACAAAGCUCCAAAUCGAAAGUUUUGUUUCUCAAGUGUCGGCCGGGCAAGUUUGGGAGCAAGGACCUUCGCGACCAACUCUCCGUCGCUGUCAACGCCAUCCGCGACAAGCUUCUGCAACACCGGGAAAGCCAAAUACUCGUCACGUGCGCCACAGGAAAAGACCUCAGCGUAGGUGUUGCCGCUGCGGCAUUGUGUCUGCUCUACGAUAACGACGGCCAAUUGAGAGCGGCGAAUGAACACCCGCUUGUCGACAAACACCUUGUGAAGCAGAGACUUGCCUGGAUUACCUCGUCAAAAUCCGACGCAAAUCCUUCGAGAGCAACAUUGCAAGCGGUCCAUUCAUUCUUGAUGCAGCGUCCUGAGUAA